AUGACAAGUGGCAUGGGUGCCACAGACCAGACAUGCAGGUUUGCUCUGAGACAAUGGCUGAACAAAUUAAGAGGGCAGAAGUCCACGAGUGUAUUUCACACAGCCAGCCGAAAACGCUUCAAGGCGAAAAACAAAGCCAAACCAGUUACCUCUAAUCUUAAGAAGACAAACGCUAUGAAUGAUGAAAAAGUCAGCAGAGCAGACGAAGCUUUUAUAUUCAAAAACCGCAAUCACUUUUGCACUAAUCUAAUAAAUGUACAAGAGAGAUUUGCACACUUCUUAAAAGGCCUUUCUCCUGAACCUCUGCAGAAAGAACUGAUUCUUCAGCAGCAUCAUGAAAAUAAACCAGUUAAUAUUGAUGAAGCUACAAAACUAAUGGCUCAGUUCUAAUAUAGUGGUGAUGCAUCUAAUUCCCCCAAAAGACCCAUAAGUUAAAUGUUUUAUACAAUUAAAAAAACACAUUGUACAGCUCUAGACAAAUUUUCUUUAUUUUUUUAAUUCAAUCACAGACACCUCAUACAGGAGACAAAUUUUCUUUAUAUCCUUAUUCUAUGAGCUUUUUUCUAUUUUAAGAGUUAAGCACUUAAAAAAAAAAAAACUUUUGUUAAAAACAAAGACAGUUUAGGUCUACACAGGGUCCUGAUCAUCAAGCUCUGUGAUGAUCAAGAUUUGAGACAGAGUCUCCCUGUGUUGCCAGGCUACAGUGCAAUGGCAUGAUCUCCGCUCACUGCAAUCUCUGCUUCCUGGGUUCAAGCAGUUCUCCUACCUCAGCUUCCUGAGUAGCUGGGACUACAGUCGUGCACUACCAUGUCCAGCUAAUUUUUGUAUAUUUAGUAGAGACAGGAUUUCACCAUGUUACCAAGCUGGUCUUGAACUCCUGACUUCAAGUGAUCUGCCUGCCUCGGCCUCCCAAAGUGCUAGGAUUACAGGCAUGAGCCACUGCGCCGGGUCAAAAAAUUUUUUUUCAUUAGCUGGGUAUGGUGGUGCUUGCCUGUAGUCCCAGCUACUCCAGAGGCUGAGGCGGGAGGAUCGCUUAAACCUAGAAAGUUGAGGUUGUGGUGAGCUAUCAUACCACUGCACUCCAGCCUGAGUGACAGAGUGAGAUACUGUCUCAAGAAAAACACCCCCCCAGAAUGCCAUUCUGAUUCCAGAGAUGAACCGAAUAUGCGUCUUAAGAUUGGAGUAUUUAUUUCAAACCAUCCUCAUCACACCUCUGUGAUUGGUGCUGUGGCCUCAUUUGCCAGGUGGGAAACAGGAAGCUCAGAGACUGAGCUGGGGACUGCACCCAAGCCCAUGCUGCCUUAGUAACACCCAGAACAACUCAGCUCUCCCUGGGACACACCACGUGACCCACCCCCCAUGUCCCCAUGGCCCUGAAAAAUCACUCUUGCUGGGAAUCUCUUUCUUUCUUUGAGAUGGAGUCCUGGUCUGUCACCCAGGCAGGAGUGCAGUGCCUGGGUGACAGGUGGCGCGAUCUUGGCUCACUGCAACCUCUGCCUUCCAGGUUCAAGCGAUUAAAGGAAAUCUCAAUCUCUCUUCUCAUUUUGUCCCCAGAUUGCCUUGGGUCCCCAGUGUUUACUCCCAUUAAGGCAGACAUAAGCGGCAACAUCA